AUGUUCGGAUUCGAGGACAACCUCCUUCACAAGCUCGCUCGCUUCACUCACGUCUUCACUGCCAACAGCAUGCAGGAGCGCUUCUGGCCCGUCCACGCCCCCCAAGUCGGACACGCCCUUGAGCUGAUGCUGCACGACGAGAGCACCGUUGGCCAGACUUUUGAGCUUUACGGCCCUACCAACUACUCCAUGGCCGAACUUUCCGAGCUUGUUGAGCGGGAGAUCGUUAAGAACCGUACCCCCCUCAAUAUCCCCAAGUUCAUCGCCAAGCCCGCCGCCUACUACCUUAACAAGGCUAUCUGGUGGCCCACCGUGUCCGCCGAUGAGAUUGAGCGCGAGUUCCACGACCAGGUCAUUGACCCCACGGCCAAGACCUUCAAGGAUCUGGGCAUUGAAAAGACUCCUGAGGUCACCGACCUGAUUUUCGAGUAUCUGAAAGGUUACCGUAAGUCCGCCUACUACGACCUGCCUCCCAUGACCGAGAAGGAGCGCCGGGAAGAGAAGAAGUAUCUCCACGUGCUGGACGACCAGUAG